AUGGCCGCCGACGAUAUUUGCCUGUUCAACAUCAGGACUGUGGAUUCCUCUGGAGAAGAGAAGUUGACAAACCGCAUCAGUACUGAAGCGAAAAUCGACCAAAAAGCCACCCUUGGCACGAUUCGGAACAUAUUGGCAAGUGAAAAGAAACUCGACUCGGAAAAGGCUCGACUUUCCUUUUGCGGUAAAGAUGGUGAUCGUAUUGGCGACGACAUGAGUUGGAGUGUAUACCAGAAAAUAAUCAAGGCAGACAAGAAGGACGACUCGAAAGAUAAAACAAAUGAACCCAAAGAAACAACAAAUGACCCCGAAGGCCUGAAGGUCUAUGAUGUGUAUUUUGAAUGGAGUUGGAAAGAGGAGGGAAAGGAGGAGAAGAAGAAGAACAUGAAGAAGGAGCUAAGCGCUAGUGCUCAGAAGGUCUUGGAUGGUGACCUCGAUCUGGAUUUGACCAGAAAUAAGCCGGAAUUGAUCACUGCGACCCUGAAAGAGCUUGCUAGCAAGUAUACCCAUGCCAAUUUCAAGGCCGGUGUCUCUAAGGAGGGCGUUGUGUAA